GUCAGAGUAUCUCGGUGCACAGUCGGGAUUGACUGCAUUAAAGCUAAACCAAUGGCAGUACCCAGCCUGUGAUUUUACUGGAACUAGAUUUUUCAAGAGUAAUUGAUAAUGGACAGUACAGAUGAAGUAGAUGAGGAUGACCAGCUUCUUAAUUAUGCCAUCCAGCUGAGUAUUGAAGAGUCUUGGAGCAAUAAUUUUCCAGCAAGUGUGGAAAAUCAGAAAAUAUUUGAUGCCAUCAAAAGGGGUGACCUGUUUACACUGCACGAGAUGUCGGAUUACCCGGCUGCGUUUACCGAGGUGGAUGCUAAAGGCUGGUACCCUCUCCACAGGGCAUCAGUACAACAGUCAGUACAAGUACUGGAGAGAGUGAUAUACGCGUCUUACAGGCUGACCCUUGAAGAGGAAACAGCAGAUAGAGAAACCCCUUUGACUCUGGCUACUCAAGCAGGAUUGGUAGAGAUUGUUCAUACUUUGCUGGAUCAUGGAGCUUCUCCUCACAGAACCAAUGGCAGGAAUGAGUCUCCUCUAUUACUGGCUGUAAGAACAGAUUCUUAUGAUAUAGCUCUAGCACUUAUAAAACGAGGUGCACCGGUGAACCAGGUCUGUCUGAAGAAGUGGACAGCUAUGCACGAGGCUGCUAAAGUGGGCUGCGUUGACAUCCUGAAGCUUUUACUGCAGCACGGAGGCCAGAUCUCAGAGACAGAUCAGCACGGGGUGACCCCAAUGGGCAUCGCUGCAGAAUACGCACAGGCUGAAGUUCUAGAUAUCCUUAUACACAAUGGUGGUGAUGUAAAUGCUCAGGCACCGAAUGGGGACUCUGUUCUUUAUGACGCUGCUGGUUCUGGAAAUCCCGACUGUAUCAAUCUUCUCCUCCAAAAUGGGGCCAAUCCCAACAUCGCCAGCCUCUCUGCACAGCUCCCUAUCCAUCGAGCUGCCUAUGAAGGGCACUACCUUGCUUUGAGGAUGUUGAUCCCUAUUACUACAAGAAGAGCUCUGCGGCUUGCUGGCCAGAGUCCCGUUCACUCGGCGGCAGAUGGGGGCCACGCACAGUGCCUUGAGCUUCUUCUGGAGAAAGGCUUUGAUGUCAAUUCCCUUCUAGACCAGCAUAUAUCCGAAAAUUAUGGUGAUAUGAGGAAGAGCGCCCUGUAUUUCUGUGUUUCCAAUGGAGAUGUGACUUGCACUCAGUUGUUGCUCAAAGCUGGUGCUAAUCCUGACCUGGAUCCUCUGAGCUGUCUCCUGGUGGCAGUGAGAGCUAGCAGAUACGAGAUAGUCAAGCUGCUUCUGGCCAACGGAGCUGACGUGAACUGCUACUUCACAUUGGUCAGCGACACUCUGUUCCCCACUGCGUUACAGUAUUGCCUCAAGGACGAGAUGUUGAUGAGGAUGCUACUCAACAGUGGCUACGAUGCAGACAAAUGCUUCAUUUGUCACCAUGACUCAUCGUGGAGUGACCGGAGUCAUCACACUGACCGUUCGGGUGAAAAGAUCCCUUUCUGUGACUUGGUCAGUGUCUCGUGGCUGGCGCAGUAUGCCGGAAGAGCCGUGCGGAUUCUUCUGGACUACGUGGGCUAUGUCUCAAUCUGUUCAAAACUGAAAACGGUUCUGCAGAAGCACAGAGAAUGGCCAGACAUUUGUGACAUUUUAGGAAAUCCCCGGUCUCUAAGGCACAUGUGCAGGCUGUUGAUCAGAAGAAUGAUGACUCCAAGGAAACUGGGAGACCCAAACAUUAUCAACUCUGCUCCAUUCCCACCUUUACUGAAGAAGUACUUGAUGUACAGAGAGUAUGACCUGUACGGCAGUUUUUGUGCAGAUGAAUAAUCAUAUCCUCUCAAGGAACAAAAACACAGCAAACAGUACCAAUGCUGUGAAGAUGAUCUAAGAUCUACCUGUUAAGAGAGGGGGGGACACAGAGAGAGAGAGAGAGAGAGAGAGAGAGAGAGAGAGAGAAAGAUA